AUGCAAAUGGAGGAAGAGGUGGAGAUGGAGCUUGCCCUCAAGCAUUCUGACCACCAGAAUUCUGACAUCAGGCAAGCGGUGCAUGUCAUCAAAGGCCCUUUGAAGGGAUUUGUGGGCACAUUGCGAAACGUCACAUACCAUGGCGAUUAUGAGGUUGAGCUUGAAGCCAAGCUUUUAACCUUGAGGGGUGUCCUCUUGUUCCGAAAGCCCGAGAUCGCGUUCCGGUCAGAAGAAAGGGGCAACAUCGACACGGCGAAGCGUGGUCUGCUCCCUGAGCGGCCUCAACCUCAUUGGGCCACGAAUUAG